AAGGGUGAGCCUGCUCUAGGCCACUUCCGCUUCUGCCGGGGGAGGAGCCUGCCGCGCUGUCCUCAUGAGUCGCUUCAAGUUCGUGGAUAUUGGUAUCAACCUGACAGAUCCUAUGUUUAGAGGAAUCUAUAGGGGGGUGCAGAAGCAUCAAGAUGACUUACAAGAUGUAAUAGAGAGAGCUGUCCAGAUUGGUGUUAAAAAGUUUAUGAUCACAGGUGGAAGUCUACAGGACAGCAGAGACGCGCUGCAGUUGGCACAGACAAAUGACAUGUUUUUCAGUACAGUUGGGUGUCAUCCCACGAGAUGUGAUGAGUUUGACAAGAACGGCCCUGACGGUUACUUGGCGGGAUUGCUGAACCUUGCUGAGAAUAACAAGGGGAAAGUUGUAGCAGUAGGGGAGUGUGGACUUGAUUUUGACCGGCUGCAGUUUUGCCCCAAAGAAACUCAGCUCAAAUAUUUCGAAAAACAAUUUGAACUGUCAGAACAAACACAAUUACCAAUGUUUCUUCAUUGUCGAAACUCACAUGCUGAGUUUUUGGACAUAAUGAGAAGAAAUAGAGACCGGUGUAUAGGUGGAGUGUUCACUGGAAAUGCUGAGGGAAGGAUCAGAUCAUUCAGGCAGCUGUAUAACACAGCUGAGAACAUGUUCUCCCUGGACAGUGGUGACGACUUGAGCUGUAAGGGAGUGUUACUGUUAGUUAUUGCUUUGUAUUACAUACAUAGAGCUAAAGCAGGAGACAAAGAUCUCAGCCCUUCCUGCCUGUGUCGCUCAUGUGGAUAAUGUAACAGUUGCCAUUUUUGUCUUUGAAUGUACUUUUAUUUUGUACACACACACACACACACACACACACACACAGGUACUCACUGAGGUCAGGAGAGGGCAUCAGAUCCCGGAGCGGGAGUUACAGGUGAUCUAGAGGACUCCACGUGGGCGCUGGGAACUGAACUCAGGCCCUCGGCAGAAGCAGCAAGCACUCUUAACUGCUGAGCCACCCUUCCGGACCAGUAAGUGACAUUUUAAAAGCAACGUUCUCACCACUGUAUAGAGCUUCUUAAAACUUACCUCUUAAGGAUGAAUCAUUUCUCCUCUAAAAGAAAAGUAUCCUGUAGCAGAGAAAUGCAAUGGGAUUUUCAGUAUAUUUUAAAUACUCUGUUGAAAUCUUGUAUUUUAAAUGAGUGUUCUCGGACCUUUCCUCCUCCUGUGUAAGAAUGUGGCUCCCUUUACUGUGUCCUUCGGAGAGAGUCUGCAGAGAGGGUGAAGUAGAGACACCCCACCCCCACCCCUGGAGCUGCAGAGAAACCUUGGGCAGCUAACUCCUUGCUUUGUGUCACCGGGAAGGAUGACAGGUUGUGAUUACCAAGUCUGGUUGGAAAGAAGAGCAUUGAUUGUAUGUGCUACCACAUUAAAAAACUGUGACUCAAAACCCUUACCUAUAUUUCUGGCUUUGUUUAGAAAGUCUAUCAAUGCUAUUGUAGCUUUUAAGAUCUUUAUACUAAAAUUAUAUGUGUAUAU